AGAUCAAAGGAAUUGUGCCGGUUCUAUUUCGAGAUAUGAAGUCAUUAACUCACUAGUAUGCAUUCAUCUGUAUAUCCCUGCCUUCGUGAAACCAAACUGAUGCAUGAUAAUCACCAACUCCUCAAGCUGUGCAGCUAAAAAGAAUUACAACCCAUCACCUAAAUUUCACUUUCUCCAGCUUGCAAUCUGAUCCUUCCACAAUUUUCUCAUAAAUUUAAUCCCCUUCAUCUUUGUCUCCAAACGCAUACCAAGAACAAGUUAACACCUCAAUUUCCUUAACAAAGCAAAGCUACAUGGCCACAAUGAAGCAGCUCCUCUGUCCCUCACUUGCACUAGCCCUCCUCAUCAUCUCCACCUCCACUUCGGCCCAGCUGUCACCCGAUUCUCCGCCUUCCCCAACCGACAUCACGAAAGUCCUCGAGAAGGCCGGUCACUUCACCGCCUUGCUCCGCCUCCUGAGGACUACCCACAUGACAGGUCAGAUCCUCACACAGCUUAAGGCCUCCGCCAACGGCCUCACAUUCCUGGCACCGACCGAUGCUGCCUUCUCCACCCUCAAGGCUGGCGCCCUCAACACCCUUACUGACAAGCAGCAGGUCCAGCUCGUCCAGUUUCAUGUCAUCUCCGUCUAUCUUCCCAAGCCUGCAUUCCAGACAGUCAGCAAUCCGCUCAGAACUAUUGCGGAUGGCCUCAACGAUGGGAAGUUCCCCUUGAAUGUCACCGUCGGUGGCGACGGCAGCAUUAAACUUUCGACAGGGAUCGAUGAGGCAUCAGUUGGGACGGAGCUGUACUCUGAUGGACAGCUGGCAAUGUACGAGGUGGACAAGGUACUGCAACCCCCGAGCAUCUUUCCUCCAGCACCACCCCCACAGCCACAGAAGGCGGCAGAAGAGCAGCCUACCUCAGUAGUGGGCUCUUCUGCUGCACCGCGGAGCCUGAUAAAUGGGGUGGUUGAGAUGGCCGCUACCGUCGGAAUAGCUGCUCUUGGUGCGGCGGUUUACUUGUGACGAUAGGAAUGAUCGCAAAUGUGUGAAGUUCUCGUUUGGGUUGACCAAGGAUCUUGCUGGAAUAAAUCAGAACAAAGUAUUUGAAUGUGUGAAUAUGAUUUGUUGUAAAGGAUUGUACCGUUAUUUAAAUUUAAUGAAACUUUUGUUUGGUGCUA